GCCUCCCGUUCCAAUGGCUGGCACGAUGAAACCAAGCCCCAGUAAAAAGAGUUCCUCAUCGAAAGGAAAACAACGUACCAAAUCAUCCAGCAGUGGCAGCAACAAUGCUAAUCAGCAGCAUCAGCAAUCAUCGUCCUCCGCGAAUGCUUCGCAAUCGACAGUGAACAGCAAUCAAAUUUCAUCACAGCAAGCGUCGAGCACCAAACAUUCGAUCCUCCAAAGCGAUUCUUCCGGAAACGAUGGGUCGAAUGUUGGUGCCACAAAAGAAAAGUCUUCUUUUAAAGUAUACGCCGGAUUAAGUUCGCGUUCCGUGCGGACCGCUUGGGAGCAGCAUGAUAAACAGGAAACGGAGGUAUCCGCCGAAGUGUAUGAAAAACUCGCGGAAGACACAACAUACAAGCUGUGGGAGCUGGCCAACAAUAUCAAAACAUACGCACGCCAUUCAAGUGGACGGGUAUCGUACGAUUUGGUAAAUGAAGUGCUGCGAGAUGCCGAUGUGCCGCCGGUCGUCGGAGCCAACAGUCAACCCUGGGAUAAGAUCGAGUACGAUGGAGCUUAUUUCUUCAAUUCGGACGAAGUGCUUGACUUGCGUGAAGAGUAUAUCAAACAUAUUUCUCUGGAGCAGCCCAAUCUGCCCGUACUUUCCACCACAUGGAUGGCCGAGGCGGAUAUUGCGGAGGAUCUCAUAGCGUUACAUAAUAAUAUUUGCGAUGCAAUUUUCAUUGGAGAUGAAGCAUGUUUUAAUGCAGCGAUAGAUAUUCUCCAAUACAACCAGCACACUCCGUCGUUGAUGAAACUGCUGCUAACAAAAGCAAUCGAAAUGCUAGGUUUUGAGUACACCGAAGAUACGCUGCGCCGUUCAUUGGAAUAUUUAGAAGCUCUGGUUCAAAGCUAUCACGUUUCGCAUUCGGAGCUUACGCUCGAGUUAAGUUUACUCAGUCAGCUGUUUGUUAAUCUGCUGCUUGGCCCGGCCGGUUACGUUCAUUCGAAAAUUUUACAAUCCACCGAACAACCGUUGGGUGAUACAACGCUUGCCGGUGCCGAUGUUCAGCACCAACAGCAAGGACUCGAUACAAUUUCACCGCUGUUUAACAACCCAAUGGGGCUUCUGGAGAAUAACCUCCCCCCAGUGGAGGACUCCAACAAUUCCAACUCAAACGCAACGGAAGAACUGUUGCGUAGCAUCGAAAACAUAAAAGGUGGUGCCGAUGGUAUUGACAUCAAUAUCAAGGAUGAAUACGAGGCCCUGUUCUCAAUGGUGCAAGGACUUGGCAAGCAGGAGGGCGUCGAUGAAACUAUGGCAGAAGCGGAACCACUGACCGGUGGAUUGGUGGAAGGAGGUAGCUUUCAGAUUAAAACGGAAUUCGAUCCCGAAGCGUACGAAGUAAAUGCUGCGAAUUUCAUUAUGCAACAAACGGCCCAGGGAGUGGGAGCAGCCGAACAAGGUGCGACCGCUUCACUGUCCGAUGGUGGAAUGCUCACAAACGACAUGCUUAACUGUCUUGCGGCUGGAGCAUCGGCAACGAUGGACACCGGUACCGAUGUGGGCAUGUUUGCCGAUGUGAAACCAAACGUGCAUAAAAUUAAACUGGAUUCCUCAACUCCACCAACGCUCAUCGACGCCGAUCCGGAGGAAAAUGUAAGCCUUCCGAUGUCGGAAAGCAGCGACGGUGGCGGCGAAGUCAAUAAUCCCAACUCCACGACGCUUGAGAGCGAAAACAUUACUACCCUCAUCUGUGAGGACUAUCUCGUCGACGACGUGUGCCGGGUGAUUGGACUUUGUGCCAGCAAAUGGGGAUUCGUGGAGCAAGAGUGUACGUUUCUUCUUGCCGAACGCCUGCAGCGAUACUUUCAGGAGCGCAAAGUGGCCACGGUUGACUUCAACUGGUUGUCGCGAAUAUUUCGCGGUUUGUGGUCCAUCGGGGAGAUUGCCUUCAGGGAGCUGCUGGCAUAUUUCUAUCAAAUCGACAGUCAAACGAUUCCGGAGUAUCUCGUUUCGCAUUUUAAUACUGCAGCAAUUUUCCUGAGUGGACGCGAGGAUAUCUUUUUUUAUGAAUAUUUAUACGAUGUCUGCGGAGAUAGUUUGGGCCCGUUCUUGUAUAGCUAUGAUCAAUAUAUCGAAAAACAGCAUUUAAAGUACCACCGAAAGCGACAGAAAAUUAUUGCAAUCAAAAAUUGCUACCGAGUGUCAGCCAAGGUGUUUCCCCAACUAUUGCCGGCAGCAUCCUACACCGCUCGUUUGCCGAAAGCGCCCGCUCUGGCACUGCUGGAAGCAUUCGAAGACUACCAUAAUGCCCGUUUGCCUGCAGUGCCACAUCCAAAUCAGCCACCCAAGUCUCGGUUCGGGUUCAGGUUCGCCGGCUGCCGGCCGGUUCCGCUGAAAACGGUCAAGCAUCGGGUUAAGGGAGCAUCAUCUUCGACAGGAUCAAGCAGUUUUCAGCAGAAUGCCGCUGCCGUCGACAAUGGAGUGAAGCAAAACGCAGCUAUGUUAAAAAUAUUUAAUUCGAAAAUUGUCGUCGCUCGACGUCGCCUGUUAUCGUCGGUUACAAACGAACCUCCGGUACGGAGUGUGUUUUGCUAUGGCUCGUGUACGUUGUAAAUUUGAUCGAUUUGUUUUAGAAUCGUAUGGUAAUAUUUAAAAAAAUAAACUUAU